AUGCACGCCUGGAACGAACGCGCGGAGUCGGCGGUGGGGUAUUCGGGGAUCGGAGUGCCGGAGAGCGUGGUGGAGAUGCUGUCGCAGGUGAGGUUGAAGGGGAAGCCGCUUUCGGUGCUGAUGUUGCCGUUGGCGGCGAGGGAGGCGCAGGAGGAGGGAGCGGAGGAGGCGGUGGCGGAGGUGGAAGUUGUGGAGGUGGAUGUGAAGGUUGAUGCUGUGCUGGUGAUGUCUCCGGUGCUGAUCACGCUCGCGGUCGAGGAAUCCUGCGAUCCCGGGAAUGGAUCGACGGUGGCUUCUUCGGUACUGCUGCUUGCCGCUGAUCCCGCACUCGAAUUUGGCACAGGGAGCGUGAUGAACCCCUCCUCCGUCUCGGUAGACGACGCCUGCGGCACAGGAAGUGUAAUAAACCCUUCCUCCGUCUCAGUCGCAGUCGAACUCUCCUGCGGUACCGGAACGAAUAUCACAGUCGACUCAGCCGCAGUCGAAGUCUCAACUGGUGGAAAGUUUGGAUCGAAAGUGUUGCCUGCACUGCUUGAGCUCACGGCCGUGUUCCCGCCGGGCGAAGAGGUAAUGACUGAUGGGAAAGCCGGAUCAAACGUCGCACCGGCACUGCUCGAGCCCGAAGAAGACGAGAUUAUUGACUGA